AUAACUCCAAAUUGAGUAUACAAAAACUCAUUAAGUCAUUUCUGUCGCUUAAAACAUGACGAUUUACCAAAACAUUACUGAAAAUGCAGAGGAGAAAACCUACGAGCGAUUGUUUUGCUCUCAGGAAAUAACAGCAGGAAUACGCGGUUAUCUGAUAUUUAUUUCGGCGUUCAAUGUUUUGCUGGCCAUUUGUUCAUCUCUGGGGAAUAUUCUGAUCCUGAUUGCCCUUCACAAAGAGACUACUCUUCACGCGCCGUCCAAACUAUUUCUCCGAUCCCUGGCUACAACUGAUCUCCUCGUUGGUGUCAUUUCUGAGCCUCUUACCAUAACUUACUGGAUGUCCGCGGUGAGAAAGCGACAGGAUGACUGCUACAACGCAUUAUUUACCAGCUUUAUAGCAAGCUAUCUUCUCUGCGGCAUGUCUUUGUUAACACUGACUGCAAUAAGCGUGGAUAGGCUGCUCGCCUUGACAUUAGGGCUGAGGUACAGACAAGUUGUGACUGUGAAAAAGGCGUGCGCGUGUGUCAUCAUGUUCUGGAUUGUUUCCAUUACCUGCUCAGCAAUGUAUGCGCAGAACGUCCGAAUAACAAUAUGGUAUAGCCAUAUAGUUAUACCAGUAAGCUUCUUCACCUCAGUUUCGUCUUAUACAAAGAUUUUUUGGGAACUCCAUCGCCAUGAAAGGCAGGUACGCGGCAACAUCAUUCAGCGAGAGCAAUCUAGCAACUCGAGUUCCGCUCCACUGAACAUAUCUCAAUAUAGAAAAGGAGUGUCCAGUAUAUUUUCAGAUGUCGCUUGUCAUCGCAAAAUUCUGGAUCUCAAGGUGAAAUGUUCUUACAAUUGGUGUCCUUGGACCGGAGAACUUCGAGCUGUACAGGCACAUCAGUCAGAAUGCCAAUUCAAAGUGGUGGGGUGUCCAAAUGAAGGAUGUAAAGAGAAGCUCACCAGGCGAGAUAUGAACAAUCACAAGAUGACGGAAUGUGUCUGGAGGAAACAACAUCAGAACGUCUGUCAAAAGUUUCCGGUUCAAUGUACCAACAAUUGUGGUCUGAGUAAUAUUCUACGAGAAAAG